AUGGCUGAGCGUUUCUGGAGGGACGAUGAGCUAGGAUACAAGCAGCCGUCGUCGCCGGUGAAUAUGGCGGACGCAGAGCGAAAGGCAGCGCGCGAAGCAAAGUCGGUUGCGGCUGCGGCGGCCUCCGCGGCGGCCGCCGAACGACAGCACACCAGUCCCAUGGUGGAGGUGCAUCUGCACAGGCAGCAGUCGAUGGCGUCUCUGAUAGAGGAGGCUGACAUCACGCUGCUGUGCCCGACCGGGCUGACAUUUGGGCAGAUGAGUCAGCUGCUGAGUCAGCGCCAUGUCAGCCUGCGCGGCCGCCAAGUGUUCUACCGCGUUCGCGAUCCCUCCCAGCAGAGCGUGGCUGCGAGCACGGUGCUGGAGAGUGAGACAGUCGGCUCUCUGGCGGCCAGGCAGCCCAAUUGCCGGCAGGAUCUGCACGUUGAGUUCGUGGCCACCACUGCUGGCGGCUUAUUGUCAUGA